UCUUACUUGUGUACUUGUCAACGCUUGAAUAAGCAGCUCGGUUAUCUUAUCGAACUUGUCUUACCACACGUCUAUUUUUCACCGAUAUUUGAUUGGCAGCCCCAUCGGCUUUGUAUAAAAGAAAAGGCGGUUACUCAUUGAACCGUAUUCUUGCGCCAGUUUCGAUAACAGCAGCACAACUCAACCAAAAUGUUCAAGUACCUCCUGAUCGCCGCCCUGGUCCCAGCCAUUCUGGCUCAGACCCCCGUUCGGCAGUGUGCCAAUGGCGCUGGUAUGCCCCAAACGGUGGACAUCAACGGAUGCACGACCUCGCCCUGCCCGAUCCAGAAUGGAGCCCCCAUCCAAGCCUUCGCCCAGGGAAUCACUAGCCCAGUCGCCACCAACGGACUAGAAUCCUACAUUGUGAUCCGAUUGGCCGGUCUGCAGAUUCCGUUCCCAAUGCCCGAUGGUCUGGAGGAUGCUUGCGCUGUCGGAACGGCGCCAGGUACUUGCCCGGUCUCGGCCGGACAGGUGUUCGACUACACUCUGAACCACGAAGGCCAACCUCUGAGCUUGACUGGUGUUACCGUCGUGGUAGAGGUCGGUCUGCUGGCCGAUGAUGGCACCGUGGUUGGUUGUCUGCAGUUCGAUGCUCAAAUCGUUGGUUAAAUAAACAGAUCAAUCUCUCUAUGUAUAAA